AUGGCGAGCCAAGAGAUAUCUUUGGAUCAUCCAUUCAUCAAUUCUCAUCCGUCGGAGGAGAAUGCAUGCAGCCAGCCUACCGUACCAAGUGUUAACAACGAUGGUAUCAAGAUCAUCCUUCCGAAUAACAGUUUGAUGAACAAUUCACUGUAUGGAUGGCUCCGAGAAGCCAUGCAAACAAAAGCCAGGUCAACUGUGGACUUUUAUGAGAGAAAGUAUGAAAUUCUUUCACAAUUUCUAGAAGAAGACUCUGACGAAAUAUUGGAGAUAUUCAAACAAGCACAAGAGGAUAUACGAAGUGAUAGAGAGGUAGUUCUUCAAGCACUUGCAGCAAAUAUGGACUGUAUCACUUUUUGCUCACAGGAUAUUCAAUGUGAUCGAGAAAUAAUCAUGAUGGCACUUCAACAUGAUGGAGAACAUUUAUCACUGAUUCAAAAUACAGAUCUUGCCAAGGAUCGUGAAUUGGUCUAUAUGGCAUGCUGUUCGAGUUCAGGAUCUGUUCGUUACGCUGAUGAAAGUUUAAGAAACGACAAGGAGUUCAUGUUGCAAAUACUCCAAAGUUGUAAUGGAUACGCCUAUGACUAUUUGGGUGAUGAAUUGUUCAAUGACAUGGAAAUAGCUCUUGCUGCUGUUUCUGUCGAUGGUGAUUCAUUCAGAGUGUUCAGCGAAGAAAUUCGAAAUAAUCGAGAGAUAUUUUUGAAAGCGAUACGAACAGCUCCACAUUGUAUUGCUGAUGCAGGAGAUGAUAUUAAGAAUGACCGGAGUAUGAUCUUGGAGGCUGUGAAAUUGGGAUGUGAAUUGAGCAAUAUUCCUUCAGAGUUUAGAAAUGAUAGGGAAAUUGCCACCAUUUGUAUCAAACGAAAUAGUUGGUCCUUUAACAGUGCAGGUGAUGACCUGAAAAAUGACAGAGAUUUUGUUAUUGAAGCUAUUAGAUACGGUUGUCCACUUUCAAAUGUUAAUAUGACGAAUGACAAGGAGAUUGUAAUGUUAGCGAUCAACAUUGUUGGAGGUGAGAACAUCCGAUAUGCCUCUGAUGAGCUGAAAAAUGAUAGUGAAUGUGUAUUGGCUGCCAUACGAAGUCAACCUUCUGCUUUUAAAUAUGUUGGAGACCAAUUUAAAUCAAAUAAGGAACUUGUUAUGGAUAUUUUACAAGAGAAUGGAUAUUUAUUUGAAGACCUUUCUGACGAGUUGAAGGCUGAUAAGGAAGUUCUCUUAACAGUAUUGCAGGGAUCAUAUUCAAACGCUCUCAUGUAUGCAAGUCAAGAACUGAGAGCCGACAGAGAAAUAGUAAUGGAGGCUGUAAGAAUCAGCGGCUAUUGCUUACAGUAUGCUUCAGAUGAAUUGAAAGGCGACUUUGAAGUUGUAAUGCAAGCCAUGAAGCAAGGAGGAUCACUUGAAUUUGCUAGUGCUGAUUUGAGAGACAAUUUUGAAAUAUGUCAAGCGGCUCUUUCAGCUGAAAAUUAUCAGCAUGUUGGACCUUUGAUGAAAAAAAAUAGAGAUUUAGCGAUUCAAGCCAUUGACAUUUAUGGAUGUAAUUACACAUUCCUUGAUCAUAUUUUCAAGCAAGACGAAGAACUAGCAUGGAGAGCAGUAACUUCUGACAACAGUUAUGGAUUGAACAUUACUGAUUUCGAUGAAAAAUUUCAGCAUGAUAGAAAAAUCAUGUUAGAAUUAAUUAAGAAGAAUCCUUAUCAGUUCGAUCAAUUAUGGAAGCCCUUUAAAAGUGACAUUGAAUUCAUUAAACAUGCCAUAACCAAUGAUGGAAAUGCAUUACGUCACGUACCAAUGGCAUUUAAGAAAGAUCGAGAACUCAUCAAACAAGCAAUUAUAGCUGGCCUGAGUUAUUCAUACCUUCCGUCUGAAUUUAAACAAGAUAGGGAAAUUGUUCUAUUAUACGCCAAUAAGAGAUAUUCAUUACAUUUCUAUCAAUCCUUAAACGAAGAGUUGAAAAAUGAUCCUGAAGUGGUCAAAGCCGCCCUUAAAUCAGGAGUGUCUCUUUCAGUCAUUCCUCUCAAGUUAAGAAGAGACAAGAAUGUGUGUAUGCAAGCAUUAAUUCAUCAAACAUCCAAUUACAAGUAUUUACCUCCAGAAUAUGCCUCGGAUAGAGAAUUUAUACUAAAAGCUGCUUGUUCAUCCACUCCACUCAUUAAUAUUGCAACAGAAUGGAACAACGAUAAGGAAAUUGUGAUGGAAUGCGUUAAGAGAAAUGGCUACGCCUAUGAAUACGCUUCUGAUUCUCUCAAGCAAGACCGUGAGGUUGUUAUUGAAGCAUUGAGGAGAGAUCCAUCCAUUUUGCAGAAACUUGAUGAUAGGUUCAGAAGAGACAGAGAAAUUGUGACAAUAGCGGUAUACAACAAUCCAUAUUAUAUUAGGUUUGCAGAUGCAUCUUUGAGAGAGGAUAGAGAUUUUAUUCUUCGGUUAGUACAGCAAGGUUAUUCAUCUGUAUAUCAAUACUUGGAUGAAGAAUUGAGAAAAGACAAAGAACUACUCAGGCAAGUUCUUGCACAAACUCCAUACAUGUUUCGAUAUGCAAGCAAUAGUUUGAAAUCUGACAAGGAGCUUGUACUUCUUGCAAUAACCUCUGGUGGCUCUUCGCUAUUACCUUUUGUAUCAAGUCAAUUUCGAGAUGAUCCAACUGUUAUUGAGAGAGCCCUUGAUAGCAAUGAAGCCAUGAAAUAUGCAAGUGAUAGAUUGAAACGAGAUGAAGCAUUUGUGAUGAAAGCCCUUAGAAUUUCACCAUCAUGCAUUGCACAUGUUGAUGAUAGAUUUAGAAAAGACAACAAACUUGUUAAGAAGUUGUUUGAAAACAAACACCAACUUACCAUUAGCCUUUACAAUAUGCCUUCCUGCAUUAAGCAAGAUAGCGAGAUCGUUAGACUUGCAGUGGAAAUAGAUUCGUACGAGUAUCAAUAUGCUCAUUAUUUGUUGAGAAAGGAUAAGGAACUUACAAUGAUAGUUGUUAAACAAUGUGGAUCAUUGUUGCGAUUUGCAGAUUUAACAUUGAGACAAGAUCGGGAGGUAGUAAUGGCUGCUGUACGCAAUGACCCUCUAUCCUUGGAAUAUGCUUCCUAUGAUCUCAAAGACGAUGAUAAUCUCGUCGAUCUAGCAAUCAAACGAAAUGGAGAUGCAUUGAAAUUUGCUAGCGAAAGACUUCGAAACAAUCGUGAACUUGUUUUAAAGGCAUUUAAAUACGGAGCUGAAACCAUGAGUGACACAUUUAAAUAUGUCAGUGAUACCUUAAAAACGGAUAAGGAGAUUGUAUUCUAUGCGGUGAAAAAAAAUGGUUUAUCACUGCAAUACGCACAUUCAUCAUUACAAUGUGAAAGAGAUAUUGUGCUAGCUGCUGUAAAACAGGAUGGAACAGCAUUAGAAUUUGCCUCUGAAGCGUUACGAAGAGACCCUGAAAUUAUCCGAGAAGCAAUAAUUCAAAAUGGAACAGCUCUUGAUUUUGCUAGUGUCAAACCUGACAAGUCCUUGAUCAUGCUUGCAGCUAAAACACAUUAUCAGAUUAUGGAAUUUAUCGAUAGUGACAUGAAAAACGAUGAAGACAUAGCCUUAGAAGUAGUACAAUGUAAUCCAUACGAAUUCAGACACAUGGACAAACAAUUACAGUGCAAUAGAAAUAUUUUACUCGCUGCCAUCAAGAGACAAGGUGAUUCAAUUUAUUACACAUCUCCCGAGUUGAAACGUGAUAAGGAAAUAAUUUUACAAGCUGUUUCUAGGGACGAAUAUACAUUCAUGCAUUGUUGCGAAGAGUAUAAGAAGGACAGAGAUUUUGUGUUAGAGGCCGUCAAGCUGAACGGAUCGGUCAUUCGAUACCUUGACGCCUCAUUCAAGAAAGAUCGAGAAAUUGUCUUAAUAGCAGUGAGACAGAAUGCUCUGUCGGUAUUGUACGCCGAUCCUGUCUUAUUGAAAGAUCGAGAAAUUGUCUUAACUGCUGUAAAGAAUGGAAGUAUCUAUGCGUUACUUGGCGCUGAUGAAGAGUUACUAAAAGACAAGGAAAUUGUGCUUCAAGCCAUCAGCACAGACUGUAGAGCUUUAUAUUUUGUUGGAGUUGAUGUUUUUCAAGACAAGGAUCUCUUGAAAUCUAUCAUCUUAUUGAGACCUGAAGUGUUGCCUUUUGCUCCUGAUGAUGUGAGACUUGACCGAGAAUUUAUCUAUAAUCUUGUACAACACAAUGGACGUGUCUUAUCCUAUGUUGACGAAUCCUUUAAAGAUGAUAGAGAAUUUGUUUUGGCAGCUGUGAAGAAUGAUGGCAUAUCUAUUAUGUAUGCAAGCUAUAGGCUUAGAAACGAUCGAGAAAUUGUCAUUCAGGCAAUUCAAAAUAACGGUGACUCACUCUUCUAUGUUUCUUGUCCAGAGUUGAAGUAUAAUAAGGAAUUGCUUUUACAAGCAAUUGAAAACUCUAGUAACUCUUAUUUCCCCGCAUGUAUCGAUCUAAAAGAUAGAGAUAUAAUGUUGGCAGCUGUUAGAAAGAGUGGAUAUAUAUUGACUUACAUAGAUGAGAUCUUUUGGGAGGACAAGGAAAUUUUGGUGGAGGCCAUCAAAAAUUGCUCAUCCAAUUUGGCAUAUGAUCGCCUCUUCAACCUGAACGAAGAUAGAGAAUUCAUGAAACAACUUGUCGAAAAAGACGAGAUGGCACUUUACUAUGCUGCAUCUGCACUCAAGGCGGAUAGAGAAUUUGUUUUAAACGUUGUGACAAAGAAUGGAAAUGCUCUUAAUUAUGCAGACUCCAAAUUGAAACAAGAUCGAGAAAUUGUCACAAUCGCACUACAACACGGUUUGACAGUCAUCCCAACUCAUUUCAUCAAUGAUAGAGAAAUGAUCUCGACUGCAGUGAAACACAAAGGUGACGCAUUAUCCUAUGUUACUGAUCCAUUGUUAUUGAAGGACCGAGAAAUCGUGCUGGAAGCUGUCAAAAGUGACGGUAAUGCUUUAUAUAACGCAAGAGUUGAAUUUGGAAAAGAUUUGGAAAUUGUGAGGGCAGCAGCAAAACAAACUCCUCAAGCCUUGACCUAUUCAUUGUUAGAUCUUUCUGAUGAUGAUGAAUUAAUGAAUGAGCUCGCUCAACAGCAUGAAACGACACUACUUUAUGCCACUUAUCGGCUUCUCCAUGAUCGAGAUUUCGUUUUGAAGGCUGUGAAAGCGCAUGGUUCUGCUUUGCAAUAUGCUCUUUUUGGUCAUCGAAAGGACAAGGAAAUUGUAUUGGCAGCGCUCUCACAAAAUGUUAAAGCAAAAGAUUUUGUACAUGUGGACUUGUUGAAUGAUGAAGAGGUCAAAACAUUAAUUUCAGAAAAGACUAAGGAACUUGCUAAAAAAGAGACUAAAUCUCAAAGUCUUCGUUAA